AUGUCGGCCAUUAUCUCUUCGCCCAACUAUCUGGUCUACUUUGGUGACGCUGCCAACACUGUCGAGUGUGCUGACCGUCCUGGCGCGCUCUGCAACCCUGGUCCCAGCGCUGAUGUGCAAGGUGGUAUCACUGCCUCUAUGGCCGGUGGCUCUUUCAUCGCCUCGCUCUUUUCUGGUAUCAUUGCCGACCGUUACGGCCGUCGUUACGCCAUCUUUCUCGGUUGCAUCUUCUGGGUGAUCGGUUCCAUCCUCACUUGCGCCGUGCAGAACAUUGCCAUGCUCAUUGUCGGUCGUAUCUUCAACGGCAUGUGUGUCGGUCUCUGCUCUGCUCAAGUUCCGGUCUAUCUCUCGGAGCUCUCGCCUUCUCGCAUUCGUGGUCGUCUCGUCGGUUGCCAGCAGUGGGCCAUCACAUGGGGUAUCUGCAUCUUCUUCUUCAUUUGCUACGGCUGCUCCUUCAUCGGCAAUCGCAUCGGUGGCGAGCAAGACGGUCGAGGCACUGCCACCUUCCGUGCGCCAUGGGGCAUCCAGAUGAUCCCCGCCAUUAUCCUCAUGGCUCUCGUACCCAUGAUGCCUGAGUCUCCACGCUGGCUCAUCGCUCAGGGUCGCAAGGAGGAGGCGCUCGAGAUCUUGGCUCAAGUCCACGCCGCUGGCGAUCAAGAGUCGCCCCUCGUCAUGGCAGAGUUCCGUGAGAUCGUCCAAAACAUCGACGAGAGCUCCGGCGAGGGCUCAGGGUACACGGACCUCUUCAGGAACGGCAACGCUUGGCGCACCCACAUCGCCAUGUUCACGCAAAUUUGGAGCCAGCUCACAGGAAUGAACGUCAUGAUGUACUAUUUGAGCUAUGUGUUCCAAAUGGCGGGCAUCAGCGGCAACAUUGCGCUUAUCAGCAACGGCAUCCAGUACGUGAUCAACGUGGCGAUGACGGUUCCAGCUUUGCUGUACGUGGAUCGAUGGGGACGACGACCUACGCUGCUGGUCGGCUCAACGUUGAUGGCCAUCUGGCUGUUUGCCGUUGCUGGACUGAUGGCUUCUCACGGCCACUACUAUCCGGAUUCGGGCAACGCUGUUGUUCGAUGGAAAGUCGAAGGACCUGCCUCCAAGGCCGUCAUUGCGUGCUCGUACCUGUUUGUCGCCUCGUUCGCGCCGACCUGGGGCCCUGUCUCCUGGAUCUAUGUCCCGGAGCUCUUCGGAAACCGUCUCCGUGGCAAAUCCAACUCGGUCUCCACCGCAAGCAACUGGGCCUUCAACUUUGCCCUUGGCUACUUCGUCCCCCCUGCUUUCCACAACAUCCAGUGGAAGAGCUACAUCAUCUUCGGCUGCUUUGCGAUGGCCAUGACGGUCCACGUCUUCUUGGCUUUCCCCGAAACCGCGGGUAAGACGCUCGAGGAGGUCGACGAGAUCUUCCAGUCCGGCGUGCCCGCCUGGAAGACCAGGGCGGGAUCGACAAAGUUGCCCGCAGACGUCGAGGCCGUCAAGGUCCAGUACGCCCAACAUGUCGCUACCCCAGACAGCGCAUCGGCCGACGAAAAGGAACUCAAGGCUUAG